UCAACUCAAUACUUGCAUAGAUCUUUUCAUCAUAAUACAUUAAUACGACCAUGUCUUUCAGAAAGAAAUCAGAUGAAAAACAUUGACGGACAUUGAUCUAAGUGAAGACAGUCAUUAGAAGCAGAUUAUUUAAGAUGAAUGCAGGAGAAGCAAAAGAAAAAAACAUAAAAAUCUUAAAAUAAAAAAAAAGCAGUAUAAUAGUUUUUUUAAAUCUCAUUAAGAAUUAUCAAUCAGAUAUAUGUCAUUGAUGUUUGACUUCAUGGAGAGUCCUCAAAUCUGGAGAGAAAAAUUAUUAUUAAAUCUAAAAUACAAAUUAUGGAUCACUAGGAGAGUUGUAAUCACCAUGAUGUGCAAACAGAAAAAUUCUAAAGAUUUAGAUUCGUCUGCACCCUUGGCGAUCUUUGGAGUGCUUACGGACGUACAAUAUGCAGAUGUAGAUAAUAGGCCUGCCGGUUACGAUCCUACUAAAACCAGAUAUUAUCGUCAAGCAUUGGAUCAUGUUGAUUCUGCAUUUAAUUAUUGGCAAAAAAUGACACACCCUGUAAAAUUUGUUUUACAGUGUGGUGAUAUUAUUGAUGGCCUGAAUCGUGAAUCAUGUGGAUCUCUUACGGCUUUACAGAAAACUCUCGACAGAUUUGAGCAACAUAAAAACAUACCAACGUUUCAUACUGUCGGAAAUCACGAACUCUAUAAUUUUUCAAGAUUGGAACUAGUGAAACACUUUGCUAAAACUGUUAAAAAGAUGAAGAUUCCUCCUUCUAUGUUUAAUUCUGAAAGGCGACCAUUAAGUGAAACUGACAAUCUCCCUUUAAACGAUCUAACUUUAUAUUAUAAAUUUUGUCCUGUUGCAGGGAUGAAAUGCAUUUCAUUAGAUUGUUUUGACAUUAGUGUAAUUGGUUAUGAUAAGUUGCAUCCAAAUUACAUGAAAGCAGCUCAGAUACUGUAUGAUCACCAUGGUCAUCAUGAUUUCGAUGGAUGGGACUGUGACGGAUUAUUACAAGGAUUAGAAAGGAGAUUUCAGCAAAUGAAUGGAGCCUUAAGUAAACAACAGUUACAGUGGUUAGACGAGGAACUUUUAGAAUCUGAUAGAUUGGGAGAGAAAGUGAUUGUGUUUGGUCAUGUUAGUUUAGCACCAGAUAGUUCUGACUGGAGUUGCCUUUUAUGGAAUUACAAUGAUGUUAUUGACAUUUUUCAUCGGCACAACUGUGUUAUUGCAUACUUCAGUGGUCAUACGCACAAUUCGGGAUAUGCCAUGGAUUCGAAAGGCAUUCAUUAUGUAGUAUUAAAUGGUAUCGUAGAAACAUCACCCAGUGACAAGGCUUUUGCCACUAUAUCCCUUUAUGAUGACAGACUCGAAAUAAAUGGACACGGUAGAGAAGAAAGCCGUACUUUGUGGAUAAAUACUUCUUGUGAUGGCAUUGGUUCUGCGGAAGAUGAUAUUGAAUCAAUUUCGGUUGUUCAGUCAUCAAAACCAAUUAAAGUGGAAGUUUAACUACAACUUUAAAAAAAAUAGAUAAAUACAAGUAGAGAAACAAAUGACAUAAGCAGAGGUCAUUUUAUUGGAGAAAGAUGAGUACCUAAAGUAAUUUUAUUCACAUUCAUGUUCAAUAGAUUUUAUAAAGAUAGUCAAAGUUCUUGUGUAAUAAUUUAAGUGUUUUGUUACAGGAUAUGUAAGAAUCAGUGUCAACAUUAAAGUAUUGAUUUUAAUAAUUCCUCUACAGUUUCAAGGUCUAGCCCAAUGUAAUCAACAUACUGAUUUUAAGAUAAAGAUGCACAUUUUCCAAAAAUAAGGCAGGAAAUAGUUUUAAUAUCAUUAAUUUUAUUAAGAUCAUAAAUAUUGUGUGUACUUUAUAAGAUUUAAUCAGCAAUAUAAGAGCUUCAAGAUAUAACAGAUAAACUUAAGUCUAACGACAGAUGAAAAUAUUUUUUUUAAUUUAAUAUUUUGUAAUUGUCUAAUUAAAAUUUUAUUUAGUACUUAAGAGAUAUAUGAUAGUGUUUUGAUAAGUGAUAACUUUACACUUGAUAUUAGAAAAAUAAAAAUUUAUUAAUAUUUUUACUCAAGCUUGUAAAGGAAUCUAAGUAAUUUUAUAUUUUGAAAUUGGUCAGUCAUUUUGAAUUUGUAAAUAUAUAAAUUGUUAAUAAAUUUAUUUACAUUAAUUAAUAAAAUUGAUUAAAUUUAUUUAUGCAAAUAGUUUGGAAUGCAAUAGUUCAAUAUGAUUGUUUAAUCAAAGUGUUAUUUAAUGUGCUAAUUGUAAAUACUGUAAAUUCAUUUUUCCUGCUUUAUAUAAUUUAUUGGAGAAAAUAUUUCUAAUGGCUUAGCAUUUAUUUCAUCAAACAUUUUAAACAAACAAUAUUUAGUGACUUCUGAAUGGUUCUUGAUUAUUUUUGAUGUAUUACUUGUUAGUUUUUCUGUUAUUUAGGCUAAAUUGUUUAGUAUAGUUCAUAAUGUUUUUUUAGUUUUAGCAUAUACAAUUUGUGACAGUGAUACACACAAAUUUAUGUGGAAAUUAUUAAAAAUAAUUUUCACCACUCCAAAAAAAGGUGACUUGGAUUUAGAAUUUAAAUCUGAAACUCCUGCAAAGCAGUUAAAUUGAUAGAACUUGGUUUAGAAUGAUCUAGAUCAGCGGUCCCCAACCUUUUUAUUCCCGCGGACCAUUCAACGUUUGAUAUUUUACUGCGGCCCACUGAGGGGGGACUUUGAUUGUUUAUAUUUUACAUUGAUUUAAUUUAAUAAUUUUAAUUU